AUGGGCGACACCACGGCCCAAUCCCACACCCGCGAUGUCACCAGCGAGCAGCAGCACGCCGUUCCCGUAGAUCCCGAGGCUUCCGUAGCAACCACCACGGACAACCACAAUCACCCCGAUGCCCCAAUCCAAGAUGCCCCCUCAGUAGACUCGACAGCAGCGCCCCCCGUAGUAGUCGAGGACCUCGAACCCGACAGCUCCCCGCCGACCCCCCGCUUCAUUCAAGACGAAGGCUCCUGGAAACGCUUCAAAUGGGUCCCAUACCCCGUCCGCCGCCUCAUCAAAGCCGGCGCAACCUGGGCCCAGGGCCCACAACCCCCACGUCGGUACCAUAUCGACCCUCUCUUCCCGCUCGUCCAGCACGCUCCCAUCGUCCUGGUCGACAAGUUCCUCCCGCGCAAGCGCCACCGGGGACUGGCGGUGUUUAUCUUCUGGGCCGUCUGGCUGGUGGCCUUCGCACUGGUUAUGCGCGCCGGGUUGACCGCGGCCGAGAUCCCGACGUGGGGGACGCCGACGCAGAUCGGGUGCGGGUCGACGUACUGGGCGUCUGGGAACGGGUGCGGGCUGGACGGCGUGGACUGCCGGCCGUUUUCGGAUGGUGGCUUCGCCUUCCGGUGUCCCGCGAACUGUGCGAGUUACCAAGUGUUGAACCCGCGCGCCGUGGGGGACCAGGAGAUUCUUUACCAACAGCUGGUCAUUGGAGGCCCGCCGGAAGAGGCGGGAGGGGGGCCAGCGCACGGGGUGAACGACACGGCGGUGUACCGCGGCGAUUCGUUUAUUUGCGGUUCAGCGAUCCACGCGGGGGUGAUUUCGAACGCCAACGGGGGCUGCGGGGUGGUGAAGCUGAUCGGGCGAGCGGUCAACUUCAACAGCACGACGCGGAACGGCAUCACCAGCAUUGGCUUUGACUCGUACUUCCCGCUGUCGUUCAGCUUCGAGCCGGACGUCCAGUGCGAUGCCCGGGACGUGGUUUGGUCGCUGCUGGCCAUCUCUGUCGUGUUCACCGCCGUUUUCUCGCUCUUCGUCACCUCGCCCGCGCUCUUCUACUUCCCCGUCUUCACGGUACUCUUCUGGACCGUUGGCAUGGCCACCGAUGCGCCCACCCACAGCGACAUCCCCUCGCUCAUCUCGACCGAGAUCGCCCAGUUCCUGCCGGCCAUGUUCGUCGGCUGGGUCAUGUACGACAAGAUGGGGGUCCGCCGCACACUCAAGGGCCUCACGGCGCAGGUCGAGAAGACGGUGCUCUGGCUCGGCGCGGCCUGGGUCGGCGCCCUGACCAACUACACCCUCGACUUCAUCCCCAUCAACCGCCUCACCCCGCACGACCUCAACCAACAACCGGGCGCCCGCGCCGCUCUCGCCAUCAUCAUCCUCAUCCUCCUGGCCAUCUCCGUCUCGCAAAUCUACUUCUUCCGCCAAGAAGCCCGCCUGCUCCGCAACCUCGCCUUAUACGCCCUUCUCAUCCUCGCCAUCGUCAUCGGUGUCGCCCUCCCCAACUUCAGCCUACGCAUCCACCACUUCGUCCUCGCCCUGCUGCUCUUACCGGGCACCGCCAUCCAGACCCGCCCGUCGCUGCUUUACCAGGGCCUCCUGAUCGGCCUCUUCAUCAACGGUAUCGCCCGCUGGGGGUUCGGCUCCGUGCUGCAGACCGCCUACGAGCUCCGCGGCGACGCGCCCCUCGAUUCCCCGCUGCCCGUUAUCCGCACGCCGGAGAUUAUCCUUGGUGGCAACGCCAGCAGCAACACCAACAGCAGCAGCAUCACUUUCACCUGGGAUCCAGCCCCGAGCGCGUAUGACGGCAUCAGCGUCCUGGUGAAUGAUGUGGAGCGGUUUCGGCAGUACUUUUACGACAGCCAGGAAGACAACGCGGGGGCCGUAGUGAACAAUGUGACGUGGGUGAGGGACGACCGCCACCAUGAUGAUGAUGUGGAAGCGGGUGUGGCAGGGGGGGUGCCGGAGUAUUUCCGGUUUGCGUGGAUGCAAGGGAGUCAGAGGGGGGAUUAUACGCGGGCGGGGGUGUGGGGGAAAGACGGGCAGUGGGAGCAAAUGGUGGCGGGGCCGUCGAGGGUGAGGAGGAGGAGGCGGGGUUGGGAAGAGGAGGAUUCGCUGGUGAGUCCCAUCUCGCUGGUUUACCCCAACCCGCCUGAAUCGACGACCGCGUUGAUGUUGCUGUUUCAUGGGCUAGGUGAUACCGAGGUCCCCUUCACCUCCCUAGCCCGUACCCUCUCCCUCCCCAACGUCCUCGCCAUCUCCGUCCGCGGCCUCUCCUCGCUCCCCGCCCUGUUCCUCCCCAACUCACAACAACAACAACAACCCCCAAAUCACCCUCAACAACAAGCCUACCACUGGGGCGACGACCUCACCUUCACCCCAGACACCUCCUCCUCCUCCUCACGCAGCAGUAGUAGGAACAGCAGCAGUACCAAUCCCGCCAUCGACCCCGACCCCGGCUUCACCCUCGCCCGAAGCUGGAUCACCGACAAGCUCAUCGGCGAAGUGCUCGUGGGCAAAUGCGGUUGGGAAACGAGGGAUAUACUGCUUUUUGGGUUUGGGCAGGGGGGGUCGGUGGCGUUGGGGUUGGGAAGUUGGGUGAGGGGGGGUACGAGUGCAAGUACCGGUAUAGGAUCAGGAUCAGGAUCAGGAUCGGGAUCGGGACCGGGAUCAGCAGCAGAAGCAGCAGGAUCAGCAGCAUUCAAAGGCAUCGUCUCGCUCGCCGGACCUCUGCCCCCCUCCAUGAUCCCCAGCCACAACCCCAGCAACAACCGUAGCAGCACACCCGUACUAGUCCUCUGCAGCCAGGACAGUGACACCUUCGAUGAGGAUGAAGAGGAACUGGUGCGGGAGCAGUUUGCAGAGGUUAACGUAGUGCGGUGGAAGCGGAGUGGGGAUGGGAUGCCGCGGGAUCGGGAGGAGGCGUUGCCGAUGAUGCAGUUUUUGGCGGGGCGGUUGAGGGGGGGGUGGUUGUGA